AUGAGCACCCAAGGGCCUUACCUGCCACUGGAGUGUCUGGGUGAGAGUGCCUCAAACGGCAUGUCCGGCUCCAGAGGAAGUGCGAAAGGACGCGGGGCCUUCGACGCUCGAGACAUCGCCCUCAGGGCGCAGCAAAGCAUUGCAUGCAGCUUUCCCAACCAGACGAAACGCUUCUUUCUCGACGAGAUAACGAGCCACCUGGUGGACACGGUCCACCAAUUGGUGUGGCUUUACACCCGCUCGAAAGAGAGAGCCGACUACAUUGUGAAACAGCUACUCAAGGUCAGCAUCAAGCUUCACGUCGUUGUAUUUAGCGGAGUUCUGCGCCAGCAGCAGGAGGAUGACCUGAGAGAAUGCCGCGAGGUGAUGCGUCAAGCUGCGGUCUGCUUCAUCCGCCACGUACAGGAGGCCGUCCAACCUCAGUCCGAAGGCUCUGACCUCGAGCGAAUCCAGGUGGCCAUCAAGGCCGCCAGCUCAUUCGCACGCCUUGUGUCGGAGAAGCAUCUCUCCAAAAGGGCCGUCGACAAGUUGACCGAUGUGGUAAUGUUCUUCGCGGAUGAAAAAUUUCUCAGUGCACUUCUCUCCAAUCAACCACCCUAUGCUGAGUUGGCUGCGGAAAUUACGCAUGAUUUGCAGGAAUCCAUUGACCGAGGCAUUCUAUAG